GAUUUAAUUCACCUUCCCGACCUCAUCCGUCCAAACGCGAAUAUUCAUUGCAUAUUUAACAUUUCGACGCCAUAUUCAUGUUUGCUCGCACCGCCGUACGUGCUGUUGCUCGCGCAGCUCCCAGAGGUUCCCGUGCUUCCUCUGCCGAUGCAGGUGCAGGUGAUUAUUUCACAAAGCGUGAUGCGGUCAGGGCCCAUGCUGCAGAGGUUACCCAGCUUUGGCGCAGAAUAAGCUUCUAUGUUUGCGUCCCAGCCACAAUUGUCUGCGCCCUUUGGGUGCGUAAUGUGGAAGCAGAACACGCCGAACACGUAGAACACAUAAAGGCAGAACAUGAUGGUCACCUCCCCGACAUCCCUCAGUACGAAUACAUGAACCGUCGUCUCAAGCCUUACCCUUGGGGUAUGAACUCGCUGUUCUUUAACCCGCAUGUCAACAAAGAUUUGUCGGAGGAAUGAUUUUGUUCCGUAUCAGUAGACUAUGAUGUCAUUUCAUCUCAUUCGACAAUUUCAGCGGCAUCUGUCCUCUGUCACUCCAGUUGGUGCGCAGGUCGUAAUUUUCUGGCAUUAUAUCUGCCUCCAUAGUUUCAAUGAAAUGCCGGUUAAGUUUC